AGGGAAGUCCCGAUUGAGAAGGUGUGACCAUUAAGCCAUGCUGCGGCUCAUCCUCUGCCUCGCUACCGUCCUCCCGGCCAUCCUCGCCCAAGGGGGGUCCAUGGACUCGUUUGAGGAAUUCGUGACGGUUCUCCGCGCCGGGUAUCACACGGCUGUCAAUUACGACAGCGACUUUUGCGAAUCGUCCACCUUUCCCGUUCCCAUUGUGCUGUCAGUCCAUUUCGACAGGUGGCAAUACAUAGAAGGAGAGCUGCAAGUCCCUUCCGUGCUCGGCGUGCAGACCUUCAUGACGCGUGAGGACAUUCGCUCCCUCUUCUUGCAUUUGAGCAUCGCUGAGCAAGGCAGAUUUUUCUUUUCAGCCGAGGGGGCGAACGUCAUCGUCUACUCUAUCGUGAGCUCUGACGGGCAUGCGACGGCCGAGAGCUUUGUGGUCUCCGGCGAAACCGAAUUAGAAGAGUCGGAGGAAACGGUGUCGAAACGCACUAAAUGUUGCAGCACUACACUGGCGACAUACGACGAAUUGCUGACGGCAUUGAUGGAAAGUCGUCGCUUGUUCAUCGCGGCAAGCCUCACGGACUGCGGGCAUCCCCUGCCGCCCGAGGUCUACUUGGCGGAGGGGGGAUCCACUUACUACCACUUCUACGUCGUGCCGGGCGAGGCAGGGGAAGACGUGCUCGUUGUGGAAUAUCCUGGCCUGGCGCUUAGCGAGAUCGGCGAGGGGACGGUUUUCACGAUGCACAGGCUCAUCGUCUCCCAAGACGGGUCCGUCUCGAUCAGGAUCAAUUAUUUCAAUACCCUCACCUGGGAAGAUGAAUACCCCUUUCCCGAAGGAUUCCAGUGCGUUCUUGGGGAGUCCGCCAGGUUUCGCUAUGACUCAGGUUAA